CACAUUUGUUUAUUUUUUCACUUAUUCAUUAAGGGUUUGUUUCAUACAAUAAUUUAGAAAAUGGCAAAAAGCUUCAAUAGUAAAAUUGCCGAUACUAACAAUUUGGCUCAAUGGAUUGAGGAUGGCAUUACUAAAGAUUAUAUUAAUCAUCAUGAUUACACUGAAUUUCAAAAUAUUCAAUAUAUAGAUUCUGGAGCAUUUGGUAGUGUUUAUCGAGCUACUUGGAAAAAUCAAGAUAGUACAUUUAUUGCGCUUAAAUCCUUUAAAUUCAAUAAUGAUAAAUGUGUUAUGAAAGAAAUUGUUAAUGAGGUAAAAUUAUUAUGUAAAGUUAAUUCUCACAAAAAUAUUAUUCAAUUUUUUGGGAUUACUAAAAGAGAGAGUAACGAAAAUAUAGAUCCAGACUAUUUACUUAUUCUUGAAUAUGCGGAUGGUGGUACAUUGAGAAAUUAUUUAAGAAAUAAUUUUGACAAUUUAGAUUUGGAUAUUAAAUUGCAGUUUGCUAUUCAAAUUGCUAAUGCAGUCUCAUUUAUACAUCAAGAAGGUAUUAUUCAUCGUGACCUUCAUUCUAAAAAUGUGUUAGUUCAUGAGCAAAAUAUUAUCAAAUUAGCAGAUUUUGGACUUUCACGUAGAAUAGUAGAAGUAUCAUCAAAUAAUGACAUUUUAGGAAUGAUUCCUUAUAUCGAUCCACAACUUCUCAAGAAACAAAUGAACGAUAAAAAAAAAUAUAAAGCAAAUAAGAAAUCAGAUGUAUAUAGUGUUGGUGUGCUUCUAUGGGAAAUAUCAUCUGGUCAAAUACCAUUUAAAUCUUAUAGUGAGCAUUAUCAAAGGCUAGCAUUAAUGUCAGAAAUUACAGAUGGAAAAAGAGAAAUUCCAAUUUCUAGUACACCAGUUGAUUAUAUUAAUAUUUAUACAAAAUGUUGGCAAAAUAAUCCAGAUGAUAGACCAGAUAUACAACAAGUAGUUUCGGAUCUAAAAUCAAUUAAUUCAAAAACAAAUGAAAAAGAAAUUUACAAGAAAACUGUAAAUGUUAUUGAAAAUGAGAGGAAUAUGAUAAUAUGCAAAAUGAAGAAAAUUUAAUGACAAAUAAUAAUAUUCAUUUAAAUAAUGAAAAUGAAACCAUAAUUAAUGAGUUAUUUUUACUAUAUGAGGAAGCCACUCAAAAAGGAAUUUGUAAAAAUGAUUAUAUUCAAUU